GCCAAAAGCUUCGUAAAGUCGUGUGCCUAUGUCAGCGCUCUUCCUUGUUCCCCGAUUCAACCGCCCGCGGCGAGGCCCGUUUAAACGAGGGCGAGAAGCUCAAGGCCCUCUAGCCGCUCCCUCGCUCCCAGGGCAAUGGCCCUGACACUGACAGAAAUUCUCAGCCCAGCCAAUGUGCAAAGUAGAGAUAAGGACUGCAGCUACUAUUCCAACUCCGCCCAGCCCCUCCCCCACCCACCCCCACCCCUGCUACACUCGCCUUACUCUCCCUCGAGUCGCCGUGCCCGGCCUCGACUGGUUGCCCCGCGCAUCCCCCCAUCCUCACUAUCUAGCUCCCCGAAUCUCAUUCGCCUCUCGGCCUCCUCUACGACGAUCCUCGCCGGCGGACCAGAAGCGAGGCCAGAAAAUUUUUGAAGACUCAGCGAGUAAAGGAGAUGGCAUGACUAAAAGAGCAAGAAAUGGUGGCGGCUCCAGGCCAAGCCUCUGUCGAGGAGAGCAACUUCGUGAGCGAUGAGUUGGCGUGGGGAAAAUACAACUGUACAGACUGGUCUACCGCCGGGACAACGAAACGUCCUCUCUUUGCCUCGCCAGUGAGGAGAGGUGUAGGCCUCUCGCUAGGACUGUGGUACAGACAGCCACGUG